CUGCCUCCCAAAAGGUGAAGCUGCAUGCAUGUAUUUAACAGGCAUCACUCGAUCUUCCUUUGCUUCCUUGCCGGGAGAAUGCUAUCUGUUGAGCCUUUGCUCAUUCCAUGCAUUCGUCCAUGGCUGCGCACUCUGCUCUGUGACUUGCAAGCUCGCUUAUAUAUCCAUCAGCUGAGAUCAAGCUAAGUAGAGCUGCUGCGGUUACUAGUUGGUCGCUGAGAUGUCGGGGAGGAGGACUAAGCCAGGCGGUGGAGCCACCAAGCAGAGCGAGAUUGCAUUUGAUCACGGUCGUCACGCGGGCACCGCAGUUUCAGCGCCUCCCAAGCUGUUCUUGGCUGAGAGCAGCGCCUCCGGCGAGGCAUCGGAGGCCGUCGUGAGCCCCACCUCUACCCUGCAAGCGGCCGCUAGCCCCACGUCUCCGGCGACCACGUGCCACAGAACCACGGCCGUUCCGUUCUCCCGUGGCGGGAGGUCGUCAGGCGGCGACCGCUGGGGCAAGAGCAAGAGCCAGAGCCACCGCCCCUGGGAGGCGAGGCCCGUCAGGCUGGGCCUCGCCGGCGCGUUGAACGGAGAGGCCACCGAAGCCGCCUCGACUGUCCUGACAGGGCAGAGGCUCCGGCCGCCGGUCCACACAACCAACGCGCCGUGCUCGUCCUCGCCCUCGCCGGCGGAGUCCAAGGAGUUCGGCGUCAAGAACUGCCGGAUCCCCACGGUCGCUGACCGCCCGGCGCGGUCCUCCCCACGCCGGCGCCUGUCGCCGAGGGAGAUGGAGGCGUCGGAGGACUACACCCGCGUCAUCGCGCGCGGACCGAACCCGAGGACGACGCACAUCUUCGACGACCGCGUCGUCGUCGACAGCUGCUGCGAGUUCUCGGCGGGUGGCGACGAGGACGAGUUCCUCAGGUGGUGCCAUGGCUGCAGCAAGGACCUCGGCCACGGCAAGGACAUCUUCAUGUACAGGGGGGAGAUGGCCUUCUGCAGCCACGAGUGCCGCUACCGCGCGAUGCUGUUCCAUGAAAAAUCCUGACGCAGAUGGACCUUCCGGCUCCAGGAAAAAAGAUCCUUUUGCUUUUCUUUUCUUUUCUUUUCUGCAAGCUGUAGUGUGGCCAAGACCAGGCUGGUUUUCGAAUCAGGUGUUGGAGAAGAUCGAAGAUCUCGUGAUCCUGCGCCAAUGGCGCAUCCCUGCUUCCCUGCUUGCUUCUUCUUCCACUGUGAAGUGCGUGAGACACUGGUGUGGCUCAUGCAGCUGCUCUGCUACCAUCGCUUCCAUGCCAGUGAUGUCAGUCACGUCACUAGGAGUGAUGAGCAGCACCAAUGGCAACGGGAAGCGGUUCUACUUAACGGUGACUUCGUCGUUAACACGUAGGGCUCGUUAAAAGUUGAAUCACGUCUUAGCUGUCAUAUCGGUGUAGUUACGUCAAGAAAGAUCUCGGCACAAGACAACGAGCAUGUGGGUAACAAACUUUCUACAUUUGGAUUAUGCGAAUGCUCGUUGUUCAAUCGAUCUGUUGGUCUGUAGAGCUCAUAAUAGAGAGAAAAUCAGAGCUGAAACCACCUUCAAGUGGCAACUGGUAUCGGUUGAGAGUAGCAACUCUACCUCAGAUAAUUGAACCACUAAUGCCAGAUUUAAUCAAGUAGUGGGGCACAAGUUUCAUAAGAAAUUCUGGGCCAUGGCAUAUAAGAUUGAAGCCAGCAUGCACCAAACAAUGUGCAUAACGAGGGGCCAUCCCGAUCUCAAGAAAAGAAUUGCUAGUAUGUUAUAAUUUAGGGGUAUUAGAUAAAAUAUAGCUAUAUCUAUAGCCAGAGAGAACCAAAUGAUAGCUCAGUUACAACUGAGAGGACAUCUAUUAAUUUUGAAUCUAGGUGUUCAUAAAAAAUAGUACUUCUAAGAACUGCUUUUAACGAGUUUUCUGACUAGACAUGUUCAACACUCUACUCCUUUAAGACAAAGUCAAGAGAUGUUUUCUUCCUGUGGUUGUGUUUUAUUAUAUCUAUAAAAAUAAAAUAAUCUCUAAUAUAUAAAAUACGAGUUGGUUUCUACGUCAUAUCUUUCUCUACCCUCCUCUUAUCUAAUAAAACCCUUAAAAUUUGAAUAAUUUACUCACUUCUGUUAUCCAUCCUCGUCCUCUAGACUCUUCGUCUCAUUACCGGCUACGGAUAUAUGACUCAUUUUACUAAUAGAAAUAAAUGAACUCAUUUUUUUGGAUUCUAUAUGAAAUCAAACUACGGUAUCACUUCCAACGUAUUCGUUCUGUGGUGCUCUUAUGGUGUAUGUACAUUUUCAUACUUUAAGUUUGUAUUUGAUAUUAUUAUAUCCAAUAUUUAUAUUUUCGUUGUAACGCACGGGUACAUAGAGCUGAAAUCCGAAGCAUUUGCCGGCCUUGGUUGGGUCGAGCCCAGUUUCGACCGGGAGAAAUUGUAUUGGUUUUGGCUUUGGUUGGAGCUAUGAGUCGGAGGUCCAUUCCAACAUCUGUUUCGGCAUUUGUCUCACGAGCCGGCAAUGACAAACCACCUUUGUCUCCCCUUCGCCUCCGGUGGUACUAGACUCUGCCCUUUCACGGCGGCUCCAGGUGCCACACCAGCCUCUCACCCAUCUCCCUCGCGGGUUGCCGCACCGCUUCGCCCCUCGUUGCGCAGGCCCUGUCUGCCGCCAUCUGCAGCAGCACCCGCCACGUGCCUUCGAGGAGGAGGAGGUGGCACUCGUGUACAAGAGGGAGGAGGAGGCUGUACGGCGCAGGGAGAGCUCCGAGUUCCAACAGCCCAAGGCGCCGACUUCGAUAUGAGCUAAUUCCUGCUCUACUAAUACUCCUCUACAAACUUGAAAUGUGAUGUUCAUUCUCUAGGAUCAUAUAGUCCUGAAUUACUGAAUUAGGGAUAGAAUUUGUAGAAAUAGAAAUAGAGCAUGAAAAGCGUGUGGCAAUGAUUUGAUAAAGCAGUACCUUCUCAAAAGUCGUUGUGGUAGCAGUGUUAUUCUACAAAACUGAAUAUAGGAUUACCCUUUGCUCUGCGACCCCUUUGGCUAAAUAGGCUGACCUCAUGUUUGCAUGCUUGCAAUUUCAAUUGACAUGUAAAGGUGCAACAUUUGGCCAGUCAUCAGUUGUUUGUUGUUGCACUUGCUCAUGUUUUACUUUUAUGUUGCGAUAGCCUUGUUAUAAUUUGGCAAGAGAAGUAAGGAUGGUUUACAGACCAGGUGGAUGGUGUGAUCUUAUUUAGAUUUAUUGUACUUAUUGAUUGGGAUAUCUAUUGUUGAAGUCCAGCGGUUCCAAUGGUGUAGGCUGACAAAUUAUGACAUUUGCUGCAUCAGUUGAGCUCUUUUUGUGUGUC